AACGGGAGCCCGCCUCCCGAUCUCUCUCUCUCUCUCUCUCUCUCUCUCGACCUGUACUCAACUGAGCUAACAUGGAGAAGAUCUCAGUAGCUGUGCGAUUCCGGCCAUCGAUUGCCGAAGAGGCUGCCGGAGAGCGCCAAUGGAGGAUUGAGGACAACCGAAUCUCACUUCACAGACCCCUCGGCACUCCAAUCUCUGGCAUAUCUUUCGCCUUCGAUCAUGUAUUUGAACAGAGCUCCACCAAUGCAUCUGUCUACGAUAUCCUAAUCAAAUCUAUAAUCCAAGCGGCCAUCAAUGGAUUCAACGGAACUGCCUUUGCCUAUGGACAGACAAGCAGUGGCAAAACUUUCACUAUGAAUGGCUCUCAACUUGACCCAGGAAUCAUUCCGCAGGCCGUGAGAGAUAUUUUCGAUACGACUCAUAUGAUUACAGAUCGCGAGUUUCUAGUUAGAGUUUCUUAUAUGGAGAUUUACAAUGAGGAGAUCAACGAUCUGCUUUCAUUGGGGAACCAGAGGCUUCCAGUACAUGAAAGCUUAGAGCGUGGGGUUUAUGUGGCUGGUCUUCGGGAGGAAAUAGUGAACAGUGCUGAUCAAGUACUUGAACUCAUCAAACUUGGUGAAGCUAAUCGACAUGUUGGUGAGACAAAUAUGAACGUUAGAAGCAGUAGAUCGCAUACAAUAUUUAGGAUGGUUAUUGAAAGCAGUGCCAAAGAUUCCACAUCAUCUGUUGAUGCUAUACGCGUUUCUGUUUUGAAUUUGGUAGAUUUGGCUGGAUCAGAAAGAAUCGCUAAAACAGGAGCUGGUGGAGUUCGUUUGAAAGAGGGAAAGCACAUUAACAAGAGCUUAAUGAUCCUUGGGAAUGUGAUCAACAAACUAAGUGAGAAUGGAAAGCAUAGGGCACAUAUUCCCUAUCGUGAUAGUAAACUAACUCGAAUACUUCAACCUGCUCUUGGUGGCAAUGCCAAAACUUCAAUAAUUUGUACGGUGGCACCUGAGGAGGUGCAUAUUGAGGAAACCAAGGGAACUCUCCAAUUUGCUAGUAGAGCCAAGCGCAUUACAAAUUGCGCUCAAGUAAACGAGGUUUUGACGGAUGCUGCACUACUGAAGCGGCAAAAACAAGAAAUUGAGGAACUUCGUAGAAAAUUGCAGGGACAACAUUCUGAAGUAUUGGAGCAAGUGAUUUUAAAACAGAGGAAUGACAUGCACAAGUCUGAACUUGAACGUGAAAAGCUUGCAAUGGAGCUUGAGGAAGAAAGGAAAUCCCGUCAAGCACUCGAGCACCACAUGGGAGAGCAGCAAAGAAGGAUAGAUUAUCUCAAUGAACUUCUUGCUUCCAAUGAUGCUAGAAAGUUAAUACAAGGAACUGUUCAUACCCAUUCUAGUUAUGAGGAAAUGAGUAGUAGAAAUUGCAUGUCUCAAGGCAAUACCUUCACAACUCCUAUUUUCAAAGCCAUGCCAGAUCAAUUUGUUGUAAAGCGAUCAAAUCAUUCUAAGGCAUUCGAUUCAAGUCCACUGCCAGAAAAUUUUACAAACACAGCGAAUGAAGACUUAUGGCUGCAGUUAAACAAAGGCUUCAGAACUGACCUCGAUGCGCUACAAAUGACCCCUAACGUAAGAUAUAGAGCUGCUCAAUCCAACGACACAUCAAUUGGAACUGAUUUGGAAGAAUGGAAUACCAAGGAAAGAUGCCUCAACUUGGCAUCUGAAUGUAAACUUCAAGCCCUUCAGGUUGAUGCAUUGAAGGAACAAUAUGACAUGCUGGAAAGAAAAUAUAGUCAGUUAAGAGAAGAAAACUCUUCCUUAGUUCAAACUCUCUCUUACUCUAACCACGAUGUUGUGCUCCUUAAAGCUCAGAAAGAUGAAUUACAGAAAGAUCUGAACUAUGAAAGAGAAAAGAUGAGAGAUCUUAAAGAGGAGAUUCGGCUGUUUGGCCUUGUAUUUGCCGAGCGGGAGUGUUUGCUGAAUUCCCUUUAUUCAAAAUCAAAAACCAUGAUUGAGAACUUCUCCAGCUCCCAAAUCAUAUGAUAAUUGAAUUAUGUUUAUUGGUUCAUUCAUGAAAGUACUUCAAACACUGUAAAAAAAUCUACCGCUUAGCUUUCCUGGUCUUUAAUUGAUCAUCCUUCAAUUAUGUUAUUUGUUUUGAUGUUCUCUUUCAUUUAUUUACAGACAUGAUUAAAGUCGUGGACUGUAUGUAGUAACGUUUUGCCAUUUGUGGCUUCAGUAUUAUUUCUUCAUUCAUAAUGUUCACUGGGUUAUAUUUU